UAAAAAGUUCGAACUACUGUUUGUCACAUAAAUUUCUAAUUCUUUAACUUUCGAGCCAAUGCAAUGAGUACUUCAGCUGUAAUAAUCUUCGCUGUAUGCAUCACCUUCGUUUCAUCGUUUGAUCCAACAGUGCAUCCGGCGAAUCCGUUCAACGCAGUUGCAGAUGCCGAGACACUUGGGGCGGCUUUUCAGUUACAGUACGCCGGCGAAGUGACCAUCAUCAACCUCCUGACGAAACGUGCCAUUAAGCAGCGGCUCAACAUUACAAAGGCUUACAAUGAGUUGUACAACCGUGACCUCAUGGCCGAUUUACAUGAAAAGUUCCAUGGUGAACUCGACUAUGCCAUUGCGUCGCUCAUGUCUCCAGUACUCGAUUACUACGCCAAAGAAAUCCACUACGCUGUGGCAGGUUGGGGCACCACUGAGGAUAUUCUCAUCGAGAUUCUCACUAUUUUGAACAACAACGAGAUGAAAGCAUUGGCCACACGUUAUGAGCAACUGUACGGCAGGAGCCUGAAAUCGGAUGUGGAGGAUGACACUUCUGGGAACUUCCAGGUGCUGCUCUCUAUGAUGAUCAACGGCGAGAGGAGUGAGGCUGCUUAUAACGAACAGCAGUGUUUUGCCGACAACAAGGCUAUCUUUGAGAAAAGAGAGGCAUUAAUGAAAACAGAAAAGUGGGUUAUUGUAACGUACGAAAAAAAGUAUAAAGAUUUUGGGAUAACAGUGGCCGAGGUCCUCGGAACCCGCAGCUACAAUCAUCUCAAAGUAUGUUUUAACAAGUACCGGGCGUCUUACGGCGAACACUUUGAAGAUCACGUAAUCGGAGUGUUUAGUAAAUUUUGGAGUAAAAAUUUGAAGAAAACCUUGCUUGCAAUCGCCCACGUAGUCCACACAAAAUUCGGUUACCUCGCUAAGCGUCUCUACGAUAGUAUGGACCCUAAAAAUAUGAAUUACCGCACUCUGACUCGUAUAAUCGUUUCCCGUAGUGGUGUCGACCUUGGAGGAAUCAAGAAAGAAUUUGAGCUUAUGUAUUCAACGAAACUCGAAACUAUGGUAGCUCACUGGACAUCAGGAAACUAUCAGAAAUUCCUUCUCUCCCUCGUACAGAAUUAGUUUACCUCAUUAAUGAUACAUUUUCAAAGGUGGUGUUAUAAUAUUUUCAAUAACUACGAAUUUUUAUUGUGUUUACUUUAUUAUUGAUGUGCCAAUUGAUUGUGGCAAUAAUGUACGAUUUUAAAUAAACGAUUUCAUGAUUUAAAAUAAA